AAUUAAAAUACCACCUACGACCUUCUAUAAAAUACAAUGCUGUCCUAACCUUCUCUUCCAAAAAAAUCCCAUCCCAGGAAGUACUGGGUCUCUCUCUCUCUCUCUCUUGUAUAUGUGUGUGUAGAACUACAGAGGCAACAAGCCUUCUCACUUCUGGCAAUUCGGGAAUGGAAAUGGCGAAAACUGCAAUCCCCUUUUUGGGGAUUUUGGCUUUAUGUUGCUUGGCAGCCUUGGCAGAAGCAGAACAUUUGAAAUACAAAGAUCCAAAACAACCGAUAAAUGUACGAAUUAAGGACUUGAUGAGUAGGAUGACUUUGGAGGAGAAAAUUGGCCAAAUGUCUCAGAUUGAGAGGUCUAUUGCUUCGACCAAAGUGAUGAAGAAGUAUUUUGUUGGGAGUGUAUUGAGUGGUGGAGGGAGUGUUCCAUCAACAAAUGCCUCUCCCCAGACUUGGAUCAAAAUGGUGAAUGAUUUCCAGAAAGGUUCGAUGUCGACCCGUCUUGGGAUCCCAAUGAUUUAUGGUAUUGAUGCUGUCCAUGGCCACAACAAUGUCUACAAAUCAACAAUCUUUCCACACAAUGUUGGGCUUGGAGUUACAAGGGAUCCUGGACUAAUCAAGAAAAUCGGAGCUGCAACUGCUCUUGAAGUUAGAGCUACAGGCAUUCAGUAUGCUUUUGCACCGUGUAUUGCGGUUUGUAGAGAUCCCAGAUGGGGUCGGUGCUAUGAAAGCUACAGCGAAGAUCACAAAAUUGUUCAAACAAUGACUGAGAUCAUUUCGGGUUUACAAGGAGAAAUCCCUGCUAACUCUAGAAAGGGUGUGCCCUUUUUUGGUGGCAAAACAAAGAUCGCGGCAUGUGCUAAGCAUUAUUUGGGUGAUGGUGGAACAACUGAAGGCAUCAACGAAAACAACACUGUAAUAAGCAGGCAUGGAUUGCUAAGCAUCCACAUGCCGGCCUACUACAAUGCGGUUAUCAAGGGUGUAUCAACCGUGAUGAUCUCUUACUCAAGCUGGAAUGGGAUAAAAAUGCACGCUAACCGUGAACUCAUCACCGAUUACCUUAAAAACACUAUGCGUUUCAGGGGUUUUGUGAUCUCGGAUUGGCAGGGUAUCGACCGAAUCACUAGUCCACCUCGUGCUAACUAUACGUAUUCCAUCCUAACAGGAAUCAAUGCCGGCAUUGAUAUGAUCAUGCUUCCUUAUAACCUAACUGAAUUCAUUGAUGAUCUGACUUUCUUGGUAAAGAACAACUUCAUUCCCAUGAGCCGAAUCGAUGAUGCAGUUAGGAGGAUCUUGCGAGUGAAGUUCACAAUGGGCCUAUUUGAAAGCCCAUAUGCUGAUGAAAGCUUUGUUGACCAGCUAGGUAGUCAGGAACAUAGACAAUUGGCAAGGGAAGCAGUGAGAAAAACUCUUGUGCUGUUGAAGAAUGGUGAAUCAGCUGACAAGCCAUUGUUGCCCCUUUCUAAGAAGGCAUCGAAAAUACUUGUUGCAGGAAGCCACGCUGACAAUCUUGGUUACCAGUGCGGUGGGUGGACAAUUACAUGGCAGGGACUUAGCGGAAACAACCACACAAGCGGUACCACAAUCUUAUCUUCCAUAAAAAAAACCGUCGAUCCAAAAACUAAAGUUGUUUUUGAAGAGAAUCCCAGCAUUGACUUUGUCAAGUCCGGUGAAUUCUCCUACGCCAUUGUUGUAGUAGGUGAGCCAUCAUACGCAGAGACAUUCGGGGACAGCUUAAACUUGACAAUCAUGGACCCUGGUCCAAGCACGAUCACAAACGUGUGCGGAGCAGUGAAAUGUGUUGUUGUCCUCAUUAGUGGCCGUCCAGUGAUGAUUCAACCAUACGUUGCUGCCAUGGAUGCCCUCGUGGCAGCUUGGCUGCCGGGAACUGAGGGACAAGGUGUUACUGAUGUUUUGUUUGGUGACUAUGGUUUCACUGGCAAGCUUGCACGUACAUGGUUCAAGACUGUUGAUCAAUUGCCAAUGAAUGUUGGAGAUUCACAUUAUGAUCCUCUGUUCCCAUUUGGAUUUGGACUCACCACUGAACCUGCCAAGGCCACCUAGAAGAGUUGUUGAUCCUUUGAUUGAAUUUUUCAGGUAGUGUUUGGUUGUGGAUUUUACUGUUUUUAUAUUUUUCUGAAAUGUAAUAAUCCCCUUUCCAGAGGAGGAUUUUGGUGAUUGUGGUUGUCUUGCUAUUACAGGAAAAAAUGGAAUAAAAUAAUUUGGAGUAAUAAUUAUUUUUGGAAA